GGGGGCGGGCUCUCCAUGACGAGUCGCCGGGGAGGGGGCCGGCGUUCAUUGAUAAAAACGACGGGCUCCCUCGGGCGCGAGCCCAGCGUAGCAAGUCCAGACGGCGUCCCGCGCGGCCCCGCGGGUGGGACCGAGAUCCAGCCCGGCCCGCGCUGCGACGCACGGCCCGCAUGGAGCCCGCGGCCGGCCUCCUGUCCCCGCGCCCCUUCCCGAGCACGCCCGCUCCGCCCGCGCCCCCCGCCGGGCCCGGGCCGCCGCCGCCGGAUGCCAGGCCGGGACCUGAAGUGGAGACGCUGGCCGCGCCGCCGGCGCCGGACCCCGGGCGCCUCAUCACGGACCCAGGCAGCGGCCGCACCUACUUCAAAGGCCGCCUGUUGGGCAAGGGGGGCUUCGCCCGCUGCUACGAGGUCACGGACACAGAGACCGGCAGCGCCUACGCGGUCAAAGUCAUCUCGCAGAGCCGCAUUACCAAGCCGCAUCAGCGCGAGAAGGUGGGCUCGGGCCCGGGCCUGGCGGAUGAGGCGCGGGGUGGGGACGGUGGCGUGGGAGCCCCUGAAGGAUGACGAUCCUGCUGCACCCCCAUUGCAGAUCCUAAAUGAGAUUGCGCUGCACCGCGGCCUGCAGCACCGCCACAUCGUGCGUUUCUCGCAUCACUUCGAGGAUGCUGACAACAUAUACAUUUUCUUGGAGCUCUGCAGCCGAAAGUCCCUGGCCCACAUCUGGAAGGCCCGGCACACCCUGUUGGAGCCAGAAGUGCGCUACUACCUGCGGCAGAUCCUUUCGGGACUCAAGUACUUGCACCAGCGAGGCAUCUUGCACCGAGACCUCAAGCUGGGAAAUUUUUUUAUUACUGAGAACAUGGAACUGAAGAUGGGGGAUUUUGGGCUGGCAACCCGGUUGGAGCCCCCAGAGCAUAGGAAGAAGACCAUCUGUGGUACCCCUAACUACGUGGCUCCGGAAGUGCUGCAGAGACAGGGUCACGGCCCAGAGGCAGAUGUGUGGUCCCUGGGCUGUGUCAUGUACACACUGCUAUGUGGGAGCCCCCCCUUUGAGACAGUCGACCUGAAGGAGACGUACCGCUGCAUCAAACAGGUUCACUACACGCUGCCCGCCAGCCUCUCACUGCCUGCCCGGCAGCUCCUGGCUGCCAUCCUUCGAGCCUCGCCCCAGGACCGCCCCUCAAUUGACCAGAUCCUGCGCCAUGACUUCUUUACCAAGGGCUACACCCCCGACCGGCUCCCUAUCAACAGCUGCGUGACAGUCCCAGACCUGGUACCCCUUAGCCCAGCUAGGAUUCUGUUUGUCAAAGUUACCAAGAGCCUCUUUGGCAGGAAGAAGAACAAGAGUAAGAACCGUCCCGAGGAGCGGGACGAGGUUUCCUGUCUGGUGAGCGGCCUCACUCGGACGUCCAUUGCCCAUCAGGAUGCCAAGCCUGAGGCUCCAGCAGCUUCUGGUCCAGCCCCCCUCAGCCUGGUAGAGACAGCGCCCGAAGACAGCUCACCCCGUGGGACACUGGCGAGUAGUGGAGAUGGGUUUGAAGAAGGUCUGACCGUGGCCACAGUGGUGGAGUCGGCGCUCUGUGCUCUGAGAAACUGCCUGGCCUUCAUGCCCCCAGCGGAUCAGAACCCGGCUCCCCUGGCACAGCCAGAGCCUCUGGUGUGGGUCAGCAAGUGGGUUGACUACUCAAACAAGUUUGGCUUUGGGUAUCAGCUGUCCAGCCGCCGAGUGGCCGUGCUCUUCAACAAUGGCACACACAUGGCGCUGUCGGCCAACAGAAAGACUGUGCACUACAACCCCACCAGCACCAAGCACGUCUCCUUCUCUGUGGGUGCUGUGCCUCGGGGCCUGCAGCCUCAGUUGGGUGUCUUGCGGUAUUUCACCUCCUACAUGGAACAGCACCUCAUGAAGGUGUGUGGACUGGGAUGGGGCACAUGGAGGACUAACAUCCUGGUCCCUUCCUGUUCCCUUUUGUGGAGGGGCUCAAAGCUAAAGGCUGAACCUCUAAGGGAGACAUCAGUGGAGAGGGCCCUGACUCAUGUCAGACGAGUGACUUGCCUCUGCUCCCAGGGUGGAGAUCUGCCUAGUGUGGAAGAAGUGGAGGUGCCUGUCCCCCCACUCCUGCUGCAGUGGGUCAAGACUGAUCAGGCCCUACUCAUGCUGUUUAGUGAUGGUACGGUCCAGGUGAACUUCUACGGAGACCACACCAAGCUGAUCCUCAGUGGCUGGGAGCCCCUCCUUGUGACUUUCGUGGCCCGCAACCGCAGCGCUUGUACUUACCUUGCUUCCCACCUUCGGCAGCUGGGCUGCUCCCCGGAUCUGCGGCAGCGGCUCCGCUAUACUCUGCGGCUGCUCCGGGACCGCUGCUCAGCCUAGGCCCAGCCUGCAGAGCGGGCUACCACCCCAGCCCUCAGGCCUGAGGCCGGUGCCUGUAAGGCUCUGGCCCUGGCCUCUGUGGCCCUCCCUGUCCCUUUGGUGCCUCACUGGGGGCUCUGGGCCUAAUCCCCCAGGGAAUCAGGGACCAACUUCACUGGGGUUGCAGGCCGCCUGUCGUAGCUGCCUCCUACCCCUUCUCCAAGAAGAGCCUGAGCCUUAGCCCCCAGCUAGGGGGCGCUAUUUAUGGACCACUUUUAUUUAUUGACAGAUUUAUUUAUUGGGAUGUGCCGCCCUAGGGAGGGCCUCCUCCUGGGAUAAUAAACCGUUUUGCAGAA